CCCGCCUUCCUUCGCUGCGGCCCGACCAGAGCUGCUUGCGAACUCCUAAUUGUUGCUCCAGGUUCUUUCAGGUCUGCGUGUCUGUUGUUCUCAGCACUCGGCUAGGCUAGAAAAGGAAGGAACCUAUCCAGAAUUCCCGCAGGACAGGAAAAGGAGGGGACAUCCCAACAUGGAAAAACUCUGCAGUGUAAAUGAAGGCAUGCCUGAGAAUCAAGGAGAGAUGGAAAAUGAACAGCCUCAGAAUGCUGCAACGCCAGAAGUAGCUCAUACUUUGGAAGACAAGGAAAAGUCAGAAAAUGAAGGAAAGAUAGAAAACAGGGGAGAGACAGAAAAUGAGGAAAUACUUGAGGAUAAGGAGAAGCCAGAGAAGGAGGGAAAGCCAGUGAUAGAGGGAAAGUCAGAGAGCCAGGGAAAAUCAAAAGAAGAAGGAAAACCAGAGAGUGAGGGAAAGCCAAAAGAAGAAGGAAAGCCAGCCAUGGAACCAAGGGCUGCAGGAAAGCGCCCAGCUGGGGAUGAUGUACCUAGAAAAGCCAAAAGAAAAACCAACAAGGGGCUGGCUCAGUGCCUCAAGGAAUACAAAGAGGCCAUACACGAUAUGCAUUUGAGCAAUGAGGAGAUGAGAAGAGAAUUUGAUGAGAUGGCCAGGGUAGAGGAUGAGGUGAAGAAAACCAGACAGAAAUUGGGGGAGUGUUAUGUGGAUGCAAAAAAGUUUACAGGACCCAUUCCACCCCAGAGGCCCUAGGGAACUCAGGGGUGGCUGUAGGGCCCCACAAAGGGGCUUUGAAGACAUUCCUUUUGUGUAGUGCCCAUGGCAGGCACUU